UAUAAAGGCAACCACAGCCCCAGCCCCCACCUUUCCCAUCAUCAACAUCUCUCUUCUAACUUUUCCCACCUUUUUGGCAGUCUCGUUCUUACCUCUAAAGCCCAAGUAUCAAUAAUGGCAGCACAUAAUCUUCUAUUGGCUUCAUUUCUUUUCUCUUGUUUCUGUGGUUCCUCUUAUGGAUUUAUCCUCUUCUCUUCUCUGCAAAAAACUCUUCUACUCACUGCUUCACCAACACCAGGACAAGUUCUUAAAGCUGGGGUGGACAAUAUCACUGUAACCUGGGGAGUAAACCAGACGCUCCCAGCUGGGACUGACUCGGCCUACAAGACCAUCAAGGUGAAGCUGUGUUAUGCGCCUGCAAGCCAAACGGACCGCGCGUGGAGAAAAACCGAGGACAACCUAUCCAAGGACAAGACUUGCCAAGUCACCAUCGUCUCCAGGCCUUACGCCAAAAACAACCAAUCCUUUACAUGGACCGUUGAGCGUGACGUGCCCACUGCCACGUACUUUGUACGCGCCUACGCCCUCAACUCUGAAGGGGCCCAGGUGGCUUAUGGUCAGAGCACAGAUGCUCACAAAACCACCGACCUCUUUGAGAUACAGGCAAUCACCGGACGCCACGUGUCACUCGAUAUUGCCUCAGUUUGCUUUAGUGCCUUCUCUGUUUUGGCCUUGUUUGGUUUCUUCGCGAACGAGAAGAGAAAUGCCAAGACAACUGAAGCAAAGUGAAGACAAAAAGAAAUCCUGAAGGCAUUUUUAGUUUUAUUUUAUUUUUGGUGUAUUAGGGUUUCCUUGUUUUACUGGGGAAGGGAUCAUCAAGGGUAAUGCAAGCUUGGUAAUUCAAUGUUUAAUAGAUAAUUAUUUCUUAGCUCAAAAGAAAAUAAAAGAAAAAUACAUUACUUUGC